CACAUCCCGGGCCCCGAGAACCUCCGUCCCUUCACCCCCGCCUCGCUGGCUGCCAUCCAGGAGCGCAUCGCCCAGGCUGAGGCGCUCAGGAUAAAGCGCCAGCACGUGGAGCUGCCCGAGGAAGAGGAGAUCAAGCCCAGCAGCGACCUGGAAGCUGGCAAAAAUCUGCCCCUCAUCUACGGCGACCCACCGCCGGAGCUCAUUGGGACCCCCCUGGAGGACCUGGAUCCUUUCUACAAGGAUAAGAAGACAUUCAUAGUCCUCAACAAAGGGAAGGCCAUCUUCCGCUUCUCAGCAACCCCUGCCCUCUACAUGCUGGGGCCCUUCCACCCCAUCCGCAGAGGAGCCAUCAAAGUGCUUAUCCAUUCAUAUCCUUGCCCUUCGCAACGUUUUAAAUUAUUCAGCAUGUUCAUCAUGAUCACAAUUUUAACCAACUGCGUGUUUAUGACGCUGAGCAACCCCCCGGCGUGGUCCAAGAACGUGGAAUACACUUUCACUGGGAUUUACACCUUUGAGUCCCUCAUCAAGGUACUGUCGAGAGGAUUCUGCAUCGACGACUUCACAUUCCUGCGUGACCCGUGGAACUGGCUGGACUUCAUGGUCAUCUCCAUGGCCUACAUUACCGAGUUCGUGGACCUGGGGAACAUCUCUGCUCUCAGGACCUUCCGUGUCCUCCGUGCCUUGAAAACCAUCACGGUGAUACCAGGGCUGAAGACAAUCGUCGGGGCUCUGAUCCAGUCAGUGAAGAAGCUCUCAGAUGUCAUGAUCCUCACCGUCUUCUGCCUGAGUGUGUUCGCCCUCAUUGGUCUCCAGCUCUUCAUGGGGAACCUCCGGCAGAAGUGUGUGCGGUGGCCGCCCUUCAACGGCACCUUCCUGGAGGACUUGGAGCUGGACGACGACAUGUUGGCCAACGCAACGUUCUAUGGCAACUUCACUGAUGGCAUCCUCAACGACUUCAGCUUCACUGAUGGCUUCCUCAGCAACUUCACCGAUGGCUUCGCCAGCAACUUCACCGGCAACUUCACCGAUGGCUUCGCCAGCAACUUCACCAGCAACUUCACCAGCAACAACACCUUUGAUUUCGAGGCCUACAUCAAUGAUGAAGCCAAUUUCUACUUUCUGGAGGGAGCUCUUGAUGCCCUGCUCUGUGGGAACAGCAGCGAUGCCGGGAAGUGCCCCGAAGGGUACCAGUGCAUGAAGGCAGGGAGGAACCCCAACUACGGCUACACCAGCUACGACACCUUCAGCUGGGCUUUCCUGGCCCUCUUCCGCCUCAUGACGCAGGACUUCUGGGAGAACCUCUUCCAGCUGACUCUGCGUGCGGCAGGGAAGACGUACAUGAUCUUCUUCGUGGUGGUUAUAUUUCUUGGCUCCUUCUACCUCAUCAACCUCAUCCUCGCGGUGGUGGCCAUGGCUUACGCGGAACAAAACGAUGCCACGAUGCUGGAGGAGCAGCAGAAGGAGGAGGAAUUUCAGCAGCUCAUGGAGCAGCUGAAGAAGCAGCAAGAGGAGCAAGAGAAAAUGUUGCAGGAGCAUCGAUCCAGCAGCAGUUCCCUGCCCAGCAGCGUGGCUGAGAAGGAGCCUGACUCUGACCCCAACAGCGACCAGGACAAGGCCAAGGACUGCAACGGGCAGGUGGUCCCCAGGAUCAAGCUGGAGCGCUCUGCGACGGUGACCGACUUCAACCCAAUCUACGAGCCGGAGAAAUCGGACCACAACCACCUCACUGUGGGCAACCAAGAUGGGCCAGGCCUCGAGAAGAGGGUGGGGAGUGCCAUCAGUGUCAUCUCCAACGCCGUGGAAGAGCUGGAGGAAGCUCACCAGAAGUGCCCGCCCUGGUGGUACAAAUUUGCCCACACGUUCCUAGUCUGGAACUGUUGUCUUCCAUGGGUUAAGCUGAAGGAGUUUGUCAAGCUGGUAGUGAUGGACCCCUUCGUGGACCUGGGCAUCACCAUCUGCAUUGUGCUCAACACAGUCUUCAUGGCCAUGGAGCAUUACCCCAUGACAGAAGAAUUUGAGAACGUACUGACCGUGGGGAACCUGGUUUUUACAGGGAUCUUCACGGCAGAGAUGGUGCUGAAGCUCAUCGCUCUGGACCCCUACGAGUAUUUCCAGCAGGGCUGGAACAUCUUUGACAGCAUCAUUGUCACCCUGAGCCUGGUGGAGCUGGGCCUGGCCAACGUCCAAGGGCUCUCAGUGCUCCGCUCCUUCCGCUUGCUGAGGGUUUUCAAGCUCGCCAAGUCCUGGCCCACCCUCAACAUGCUUAUCAAGAUCAUUGGCAACUCGGUGGGUGCUCUGGGGAACCUCACGCUGGUGCUGGCCAUCAUCGUCUUCAUCUUCGCCGUGGUGGGGAUGCAGCUCUUUGGGAAGAGCUACAUAGAGUGUGUGUGCAAGAUCUCCCUCGACUGCACCCUGCCCCGCUGGCACAUGCACGACUUCUUCCACUCCUUCCUCAUCGUCUUCCGCAUCCUCUGUGGGGAGUGGAUUGAGACCAUGUGGGACUGCAUGGAGGUGGCCGGCCAGACCAUGUGCCUCAUCGUCUUCAUGAUGGUCAUGGUCAUCGGGAACCUCGUGGUGCUGAACCUGUUCUUAGCCCUGCUGCUGAGCUCCUUCAGCGCCGACAGCCUGGCAGCCUCCGACGACGACGGGGAGAUGAACAAUUUGCAGAUUGCUAUUGGCAGGAUCACCAGGGGCAUCGACUUUGUAAAGACCUCUCUCCUCACGCUGCUCCGCGGGCUGUGGAAGGGGAAGAAGGUGGCUCCAGAGGAAGAGCAAGAACCCAACAAGAGAGACAACUCUGUGCUCAACCACGUGGACACUGGCCAGGAGACCAAGUCGGAGUACCUGGAUGGAGUCACUGGCAAAGAGCAUUUUUUAAUGGAUGAACUGGACCACAUGAACUUCAUCAACAACCCCAACCUGACGGUGCAGGUCCCCAUCGCCUCGGAGGAGUCUGACCUCUACGAGGAGACCAGCACCCAGUCUGACACAGAAGAUGCCAAGAAUCCCCUCUCCAGUGACAACGCCUCGUCCUUGUGCAGCACGGUGGACUACAAACCCCCCCAGCCCGAGGAGGAGGAGGUGGCAGAAGAGGCUGAGGAGAGCAACGAGCCCGAGGAGUGCUUCACUGAAGCCUGCGUGAAGAGGUUUCCUUGCCUCUACGUGGACAUCAGCAGUGACAGAGGGAGGAUAUGGUGGAACGUCCGGAAAACCUGCUUCCGCAUCGUGGAGCACGACUGGUUCGAGACCUUCAUCGUCUUCAUGAUCCUCCUCAGCAGUGGGGCGCUGGCUUUUGAGGACAUCUACAUUGAACAACGCAAGGUGAUCCGCACCAUCCUGGAGUACGCCGACAAGGUCUUCUCCUACAUCUUUGUCAUUGAGAUGCUGCUGAAGUGGGUGGCCUAUGGCUUCAAGGUGUACUUCACCAACGCGUGGUGCUGGCUGGAUUUCCUCAUUGUUGAUGUCUCCAUUAUCAGCCUGACAGCAAACUGGAUGGGAUACUCGGAGCUGGGAGCCAUCAAGUCCCUGAGGACGCUGAGGGCUCUGAGGCCACUGCGUGCCCUCUCCAGAUUCGAAGGCAUGAGGGUGGUGGUGAACGCCUUGCUGGGUGCCAUCCCCUCCAUCAUGAACGUCCUGCUGGUCUGCCUCAUCUUCUGGCUGAUCUUCAGCAUUAUGGGGGUGAACCUCUUUGCGGGGAAGUACUACAGGUGUGUCAACACCACCACGGGGGAGCUCUUCGACGUCAGCUCAGUGAACAACAAGAGCGACUGCAUGGCCCUCCUCUACACCAACGAGGUCAGAUGGGUCAACGUCAAGGUCAACUUCGACAACGUGGGCUUGGGCUACCUCUCCUUGCUGCAGGUGGCGACCUUCAAAGGCUGGAUGGACAUCAUGUAUGCUGCUGUGGACUCGCGUGAGAUUGAAGAGCAGCCAGUGUAUGAGAUCAACCUCUACAUGUACAUCUACUUUGUCAUCUUCAUCAUCUUUGGCGCCUUCUUCACCCUGAACCUCUUCAUUGGUGUCAUCAUCGACAACUUCAACCAGCAGAAGAAAAAGUUUGGAGGCAAAGACAUCUUCAUGACAGAAGAGCAGAAGAAAUACUAUAAUGCUAUGAAGAAGCUUGGCUCCAAGAAACCCCAGAAGCCCAUCCCCAGGCCAUCGAACAAGUUCCAAGGGAUGGUGUUUGACUUCGUUACCAAGCAAGUGUUUGACAUAACCAUCAUGAUCCUGAUUUGCCUCAACAUGGUGACCAUGAUGGUUGAAACAGAUGACCAAAGUGAACUCAAAACGUCUGUCCUCUACAAGAUAAACUUGGUCUUUAUUGUCAUCUUCACCGGAGAGUGUGUGCUCAAGAUGUUCGCCUUGCGUUACUACUACUUCACCAUUGGCUGGAACAUCUUUGACUUUGUGGUGGUCAUCCUCUCCAUCUUAGGUAUCGUCCUCUCAGACAUCAUAGAGAAGUACUUUGUAUCACCCACCCUCUUCAGGGUCAUCAGGCUGGCAAGGAUUGGCCGCGUCCUGCGGCUGAUCCGAGGUGCAAAAGGCAUCAGGACUCUCCUCUUUGCUCUGAUGAUGUCCCUGCCUGCCCUGUUCAACAUCGGCCUCCUGCUCUUCCUCGUCAUGUUCAUCUACUCCAUCUUCGGGAUGUCCAACUUCGCCUACGUAAAGAAGGAGGCGGGGAUCGAUGACAUCUUCAACUUUGAAACUUUUGGGAACAGCAUCAUCUGCCUCUUCCAGAUCACCACAUCAGCUGGAUGGGAUGGUCUCCUCAGCCCGAUCCUGAACAGUGGUCCCCCCGACUGCGACCCCGACCUGGAAAACCCUGGCAGUUCGGUGAAGGGGGACUGUGGCAAUCCAUCCAUAGGCAUCUUCUUCUUCUGCAGCUACAUCAUCAUUUCCUUUCUCAUUGUGGUGAACAUGUACAUCGCCAUCAUCCUGGAGAACUUCAACGUGGCCACGGAGGAGAGCAGCGAGCCCCUCUGCGAAGAUGAUUUUGAAAUGUUUUAUGAAACCUGGGAGAAGUUUGACCCGGAUGCCACCCAGUUCAUUGCGUACAGCACCUUGUCCGACUUUGUAGACACCUUACAGGAGCCGCUCAAAAUUCCCAAGCCCAACAAGAUCAAGCUAAUCACCAUGGAUCUCCCAAUGGUCGCCGGAGACAAAAUCCACUGUCUGGAUAUCCUCUUUGCCCUGACGAAGGAAGUGCUGGGAGACUCGGGAGAGAUGGAUGCCUUGAAGGCCACCAUGGAGGAGAAGUUCAUGGCCGCAAACCCCUCGAAGGUUUCCUAUGAACCCAUCACCACCACUCUGAAAAGGAAACACGAGGAAGUCUGCGCGACGAAAAUCCAGAGGGCUUUCCGGAGGUACCUGCUGCGGCGCUCGGUGAAGCAGGCGUCCUACAUGUACAGGCACGGGAAGGACGAGGACGCCCUGAGAGAGGGGGCGCCCGAGAAGGAAGGUCUCCUUGCCACCAAAAUGCACGAGAUGUAUGGGAACAGUGGGACGGACGUGGAGACAGCCCCUGCCAUUGGUCUCACACCCGUUCCCAGCUCAGAGACGCGAGAUGCUCCCGGCGAGGCGAAAGCUUGGGAGAAGGAACGCGUGGUGAAAGAGUCGCUGGUGUAA